CACGCGUGAAGAAGGCAUUCUCCUUCAGCUCAGAAACACGGCUUUCUGACAAGCAAGGCACGGGAAGGUGCAUAAGACGAAAGUGCACUAAAUAAACGUGCAGCCAGAAAGAGACAUAACUAUUUCCACUGCCUCGGAACAUGGUACCGCCAUUACAAGAGAAUUUUCACUUGAUUACAUUACACUAACCUUCGGCAGAAGUGGGAACUCGGACUGAAAAAGUGGACCAGCAAUUUGGACCCGUGCGGUCAGAAUGUCCAUGAAUUAUUGGACAACCCCAGCCUUCUAGUUGUGGGAUUCUAGCAACCCGUAGCCUGUAGGGGACGGUGGAGAGUCCGGAGACUGCAAUCAUCAGGGAGGGGGAGUGUGGAGCGAACUUCAGAUAGAUUGGCAGGAGUGUAUUCUCGAGUCAGUCAGGUUCGGAGAGAUUUACAGGUCUGGAGGUUGACGAGAACUUUCCGCGGUCCCUGGAAGUAGCAGCAGGAGCAGCAGCCGGAGUGGGCACGAAGGAAGCGGGCAAGCGGAAGCGGAUGUCAUCCGAAGCUGAACUGGCACAGGAAUUGUAGGGAUCUGGUGGUCGGGAGCCACCGGGAAGGCGGGCAGGACAAGUCUACGGGCGUGACUGAAGCGCAGAAUCGGUGGAAAUUUCCUUUCGGAUUGACGCGUGACGAAUCCAUGACGGGAUAGGUUGUCUAGGACGGGAGCACGUGUUGAUCGGACAUGCAAGACUGGAAGGCUCAAUUGAGGACUGACAUAUAAAUUCAGGCAGCGAGUGUUGAUGCCCAACGAACAAAUUUGAAUAUGGUAGUGGAAGAAAGCACAGCGCCCUAUGUGUCUCUCUCGAGCAGGUAUAUCGAACAGGGACUGGGGACUGUGUGCAUACCCGUAUUCUUCCAUCUCCUGGUCUGCAUGCCCGCCGACCCCAUAAUCACAUCGUUUUGACUCUCAGUUGACUGCCUUCGACAUUCUUAUGCUAGUGCCUUCGGAUUUUGGAUUUGUUUGCUAUACAAGAAUUAUCGGAGAGAUGGGAGGUCUUUGCUGACACAGGCUUUACACACAAUUAAUCAGCUGGUCGCGGAAGUAGUCAGAGAGAGAGGGAUCGCCAUCGAAUAUGGCAGAAACGGAGAGACAGAUGGUGGCGGCAGAGGAGGAGGGCCAUCGUGGCAAGGGGCACAACCUUGCAGUGGUAAUAUCAUGGAUGCUGGGAUGCGUGAUGCUUUUCCCGUGGAAUGCUCUUUUGACCAUUAAUGAUUAUUACUACGUGGUGUUUCCGAAUGAUCAUCCGUCUCGAGUAUUCACGAUCAUCUACGAGCCCUUCGGUCUAGGUGUCACGCUCAUAUUUCUCUACUUCGAAGCUCGUGCAAGCACGAGAUGGAGGGUUGUAUCAGGGUUCCUUCUGUUCACUGCGAGUAUAAUCUUCAUUAUAGUGGUGGAUCUUGUCAGUCACGGCGACGGUGGUCGUGGAGCGUUCAUUGUCAUGUGCUUCCUUAUUAUGCUUUUCGGUAUAGCCGAUGGAAUUGUACAAGGAGGUCUUGUAGGGGAGCUGGCUUACAUGCACCCCUCAUACAUGCAGGCUUACACUGCAGGACUUGCAGCAUCAGGAGUGGUUACAAGUGGUUUGCGGAUGAUAACAAAGGCUGCUUUCGGUGAUGGAAAUUUCGGCUUGCGUAAAGGCGCUCUUGUGUUUUUGGGACUAGCUGCCCUGAUCGAGAUCAUUGGGUUUCUUCUCUACAUAUUUGUGUUUCCUCGAAUCGAAUCUGUUAGAAAGUACCGUGAGAAGGCAUUCCUACAGGGCUCUAAGGCGGUAGCUGAUGCCGUUGCCCCAACUGUGGCAGAUAGUGAAAAGACCACAGUACAGGGAGUGGAGUACAGAGAAGCAGAACGCAAGACCGUGAAGCAACUAAUGAUAGAAACUUGGGACUUCAAUCUGGCUCUUGUCCUGAUCUACACUCUUUCUCUCUCUAUAUUCCCUGGAUUCCUGUAUGAAGAUACUGGAAAGCAUAAGUUGGGAUCCUGGUACGCCCUGGUGCUCAUAGCAAUGUACAAUGCAGCGGAUCUCCUGGGAAGAUAUGUUCACCUGAUUCCAGGGCUAUUUAUGAGCUCCAGACCCAUGAUUCUUAACUGCUGCUGGUUGCGACUGGCGUUUGUUCCUGCGUUCUAUUUCACUGCGAAGUACGCAGAUGCAGGAUACAUGAUCUUUUUGUGCAUCAUGCUGGGCCUGACCAACGGAUAUUUGACCGUCGUUGUAUUCAUAAGAGCUCCUCGAGGCUACAAUAGUCUGGAGCAGAAUGCCAUCGGAAACAUUCUCGUUGUGUUUUUGCUACUUGGUCUACUUCUAGGGGUAGUCUCAGGUUGGCUCUGGCUCAUUGGAAAAGGGUGGUAAUCUCAGUUCAUAGCCCAAUAUGGACAUUCAAAACAUGUAAAAUUUUCAUGGCAAAUACAUUUAUGCAGUGUUACCCUUUUAGUGUAUUCAGGGUAUGUUGAAUGGAAAAUUCCAGCUAGCUGAAUGAAAUUUCAGUCCAUGAAGGUCGUCGUCUCAAACACUGCAUAAUGACAUUCCCACACACGACUCGUCUUGAUUCAUUUCUGGAGAGAAAGGCAUCUAAAUUUCGUCUAUGAUGAGCGUAGCAUGUCCUUGCUACGUGCGAACUAUGCUACAACAUGAAGAGGGGCAUUUGCUCAAGUGUCAUCUGCGAGGAGCGCAGAACUUAGCCAUAAAAAAAUUCCGGUAACUUCUGGGAAUGUGUGUGUGUGCCCUCGGUUUGAAUACGGGGGAACAAAAGUAGAAGGAAGAAAUUGGCACCCAUUCGACUACAU